CAGCCUGUGUGCUGACACUGUGGGGAGGGAGGGUGUUGCUCUGCUCUUCCCUCAUUAGCCAGCCUGAGGGCGGCGUGCCGGAGGCGGCCAAUGCCGGUGCCGCCGCUCGGGGCUCACGCUACAAAUAGAGUGAAGGAGGCGCUGCGCCCGGCUCGCCGCUCACCAGUGCCUUUUUCCGACAGCCCGGUCCGAGCGACAGCACCAUCCCACUCCAUGAAGUUAGCAGUUCGGCUUCCUGGGACAUCGACCAGCCGAGUCCGGGGGUCAGCCUGGGCACUGAGGGGCCGACUCCUCCGGGUCUGGGGGCUGGGACAGAGGUUCCCCAGUCAUGCCGUGGGACCUGGGUCGCUCCUGCCACGGCCACGGCCAAGAACAACGCUGGCAGAAGCGCUGUAAGAAAUCCUCCUUCGCUUUCUACCAGGCGGUGCGGGAUCUGCUGCCCGUCUGGAUGCUGGAAGAGAUGCGGACCCUGGAGGUGUUCCACUGGGAGGAGAGCGGGCGGAUGAGCAGCUACUCGCCGUCCGAGGCUCUCCUCUACGCCCUGGUCCACGACCACCAGCCUUACGGCCAGUACCUGCUGUCCAAGCACCCGCGGGCAGCCCUGGCCAUGCCCAGCAAGAGCUUCUGCUGCUGCCAGAGCCUGGCGCCGCACCUGGCCAUGGCCGUGCGCUACAACCGCAUCGUCACCCUGGGGCGGAUCCUGAAAAGCCUGCGCCACUUCCCGGAGAGCGAGCGGCGGCAGUACCUCAACCGCCGGGGCUGUGAGCAUGUGGAGAGCGGCAAGACCCCGCUGCACUUGGCGUGCGAGCUGGCCAGGCCCGAGUGCCUGACCCUGUUACUGGGGCACGGCUCGUCUCCUUACAUUCCGGACUGCGAGGGCAACACGGCCCUGGACACGUUACUCGGCCAGCUGUGUGACAGCCCGCUGGACAGCCAUAGGAAGAACAGCUGCCUGCACAACCUCCUGCUCUUCAUGCCAGAGAUGAAGUUUAAGAUGAAAGGGGCGCUGAAGGACAACGCGAGCCUCUGGCAGAGUUUACUCGGCACAGAUAUCUUCCGGUGGCUCUCAGGCUACAGCCCCCCUCCUCUCUUCAUAAAGGCCAUGCAAACUUUAAUCGGGGCGAUUGCCCCCGAGAAAUUCCCAGAAGGACUGGACGAAUUGCCCAUAUCCCACCUACUGACUGUGGAGGGCACCACCCAUUCAAACUUAAAAUAAUGCAGCCUUUUACCUUCUCCAGGAUUCUGUGCUUAACUGCUAAAAAAAAACACUUUUUAAAAAAAGACAUGUUGCUUGGAGUGCGUGUAAAUCAAAGUCUCUCGGCCUAUUUAAGAAAUGCCAAACGAUAUGAGGUGAACUUUGGAAGUUUUUAACAGAGGUGUAGUGGAGCUGUGGUUUCCCGCAGUUUAUAAGAUAUUGUUGAUUCAAACUUUCCUUUGAAAGAAUAAAUCUAUUUAAUGCAUUUAGGUA